AUGUCAAGUCAUUUAAAACAAUCCAUAAACACAUUAUACUUAUUUAAUCUGAUUGGAGAAAGUUUCUUUUUCAAUGCUAUUAUUCAAAUGUAUAAACUACUUGGUUACGAAACUCCUUGGACACCUUACAAAGAUGUCUACUACAAAGGUCGUUUAGAUAUUUGCCUUGAUGUUUUUACUCGGAAAUCAUUAGACUUAGUUUACAUUCUUAAUAAAUAUAAUUAUAAGACUUAAUCUUAAUUGCUAUCUAUAAUUAAUUUUCAUCAGAUCAGCAUUUAUAUAUCAUGA